UGUGCUAUUCGUUUGUUUCCGGGAUGCUCUCGAUGUAAGAAGACAAACAGAACGGUGCAGGGUAGUGACUUCUUUUGUUGUAAACCCGUUAGUUUAAUGAAGAAAGAGUAUAAAAUGUAUGAUAUAUUGAAAACCUGUACCGUCAAUUAGGUAAUCUGGCAGUUGUAAAGGUAUUUAUGUAUAUAGCAUUCGUUAGUUCUUCUUCAGGAGAAGUCAGUUAUGAACCUUGGAGAUGGGUACAGAGUCGAAGCAGAAAUAUAGUGUUCUUCCUGACCUGAGCUUCUGUCGAUACGAAUGUUACUCGAAUCAAUUAGCCACGGCAGUUCUUCGCUUCUGGUUUUCAUAGCAAGAAUCCGCCGCUUAUUCUAAGGCAAGUGAUGCGUUUUCGUGGCUCCAUCAUUACAUCUGGCGUGUGCGUGUUUACCAUUUUAUAGACGAUUGUAUCUUAAGAUCUUCUUUAUUCAUUCUUUGCUGGAUUGUGAGCGCGGACAAUGUGCUAUAACAACUGGGACUGUGUCGAACAGCACUUAUCUUAUUUGUGCUAGGAGGACCACUCCGCCCUCUUCCGAGAGUCCUGGCCGCUUGAUUGCAGAACAGCUCCUCCAUGGUUCUUCGGAGGCUUCUCAGGAAGCGCUGGGUUCUCGGGGUUGUGUUUGGACUGUCCCUCAUCUACUUUUUGACCAGCACUUUUAAGCAGGAGAAAAGGACAAUUCGGGACAGAACAUUGUUGCAAGCCUUGGACCCUGAUCACCGUAUUGUUUGGAAGGUCCGGUAUUUGGGAAAUAGCAGCCGACAAAUCAGUAGAUGCAGAAAUUCCAUACAAGGCAGGCUUCUUGUCACAGAUGAGCUGGGUUAUGUUUGUGAAAGGAAGGAUCUCCAAGUGAACGGUUGCUGUAAUUCAAAUGCUCCAAGUUCCAGACAAUAUUCAUGCAAGACCUGCUUGCCCAAUGGAUGCUGCAGUGUAUAUGAGUAUUGUGUUUCUUGUUGUGUGCAGCCAAACAAACGACAGAUUCUUGAGCGCUUCCUGAAUCGAGCUGCUGUAGGAUUCCAAAACCUAUUUACAGCUGUAGAGGACCAUUUUGAGUUAUGUCUAGCAAAAUGUAGAACCUCUUCUCAGAGUGUACAGCAUGAAAAUACCUACAGAGAUCCAACAGCCAAAUACUGCUAUGGAGAGAAUCCACCAGAGCUGCUUCCUAUUUAAUUGUGAGUUUAUUUUGGAGUUGAUGAUGGGACUAUCAUAUUUAAACUUGGCAACACAGUUCUACCUGGACUAAAUUCUGUUUCAAGUAAACCAUCAUAAGCACAGCUCUUUUGCUGAAUUUGAUGUGCUGUUUAAAGACUAUGCAAACUGAGUUUAAAAUUUCACGUGGUGAGAAAACAUGACUUAUCAUGUGAAAAGGUUAUUUUGCAUUUCAGAUCACUGGAUUUCGUAUCUUGUUUUUGGAUUUAGUCCAGUUUACAAAUUAGUAUAACUCCAGAAAUCACUACAUUUAAACUAUAAGUCUUUAUAGUCUUUUAACCAUCUCUUAAUUUAUGUUCUGAGUUUUAUAUUAAGAAACACUCUUGUUGAUGAAAAUUAACGUAAGUUUAAAACGUGAAACAUUCAGAUGUCAAGUUUUGAAAGGCGAACUUCAUAGAUGAUAUGUGAAAAGUUUGCAUUUUCCUACUAAUUAGUUGAAGAUACCGAACACCGCUUUGUAUCCUUUAUUUUUUGUCUUGUCCUAAAACAUGGGCUUCCAAACAUGCACAAUGUCUUCUUUUGUUACUGUCUGGUACUCUUAAGAUAAAUAUUUUUAUAUACAGUACAUAAGAGUUGAAGCUUUUCUGUUUGAAACAAUUCCAUUUUUAUUGUAAAAAUUGACUUUAGGUACAUCUGUUUUGUGUAAAAUAAAUAGUUCUAUCUCACAUAUA